CAGUACACAGAGAUCUUCUUGCCAGAGCCUCCUCUUGAUCCCUUUAGGUCUCAAGAAUCCUUUAGUGCUAUUUAACACAUUUGAAAAUAUUCAUCUUUAGAAUAUCCAUCAUUCUUUCUGGCUGUGGGAGAGGAAUCAGGAUUUAUCAUGGAAUUGAGGGUUGUGCUUCUUGGGAAAACUGGAGAUGGCAAAAGUAGCACUGGGAAUACCAUCCUCCAAGACAAGCUCUUCAAAGCCUCAAGUGGGACACAGGCUGGAACGCAGCAAACUGAGAUGAAUGAAAAUGAUGUUGGCGACAAAACGGUAAAAGUCAUCGACACCCCUGGUUUCUUCAAUUCGAAGCUAACGGAGGAACAGCUGAGAAAGGAGCUGGAGGGAUCUGUUCCCCAGGGUUCUCCAGGAGUCCACGCUUUCAUCAUUGUGCUCAGAGUGGGCAAAUACACUGAGCAAGAGAAGGAGAUCAUAUCUCAAAUCGGAAAAAUCUUUGGCAAAGAGACUUUUGAUCAUGCCAUAGUCCUGUUCACCCAUGGUGACCAGCUCAAUGACGAUCAGACCAUUGAGAAGUUUGUAGGUCAGAGUGAAGAUCUGCAGAAGUUGGUUCAAAAGUGCGGAGGCCGCUGCCAUGUGAUAGACAACAAACGCUGGAAAGAAAAAGACGAGUACAGAAGCAACAGUGUUCAGCUGGAGAAGCUGCUUCACACUGUAGAGGAGAUGGCCAACAACGGAUGCUGCUACACCACGGACAUGCUACAAGCAGCCAAAAAGGAAGUACCAGUCAGGGUUGUGCUUCUGGGUAAGACGGGAGAUGGCAAGAGCAGCACUGGGAACACCAUCCUGGGAGGUAAGCCUUUCAAAGUGGCCCGUGGAACACAAGCAGGAACCCAACAACACGAGGCUAUAGAAAACAGCGUUGACGGUAGAACCAUCACAGUCGUCGACACCCCUGGGUUCUGCAACUCGAAGCUCACUGAGGAACAGCUGAGAAAGGAGCUGGAGGGAUCUGUUUCCCAGUGUUCUCCAGGAGUCCACGCUUUCAUCAUUGUGCUCAGAGUGGGCAAAUACACUGAGCAAGAGAAGGAAAAUGUAUCUCAGAUCCGAAAAGUUUUUGGCAAAAAGACCUUCAGUCACACCAUUGUCCUGUUCACCCAUGGUGACCAGCUCAACGAUGAUCAGACCAUUGAGGAGUUUGUCGACCUGAGUGAAGAUCUGAAGAAGUUGGUUCAAAAGUGUGGAGGCCGAUGCCAUGUUAUUGACAACAAACGCUGGGCAGGAGAGGAGGCGGAGGAGGACAAGUACAGAAACAACAGUGUCCAACUGGAGAAGCUGCUGAACACCGUAGAGGACAUGGCCAAGAGCGGAGGCUGCUACACAACGGACAUGCUACAAGCAGCCAAAAAAGAAGCUCCAGGAUUGGAUGAGAUAAGGCUUGUGCUCCUGGGGAAGACGGGCGAUGGCAAGAGCAGCGUCGGAAACACCAUCCUGGGGACGAAGGCCUUCGAGGUGGCCAGGGCAACCCAGUCGGGCACUCAGCAUAGCAUGGCCAAGGACGGUGCUGCGGACCUCUGCAAGAUCAAAGUCGUCGACACGCCAGGGCUGUCCAACACCACGCUGUCCACCGACCAGCUGACCCAGGAGCUAAGGGAGAGCGUCAGCAUGUGUCUGCCAGGACCUCACGCCUUCCUCUUCGUCUUCCGCACGGGCAAAUACACCGAGCAAGAGAUGGACAUCGUGAAGCAGAUCCGAAACGUGUUCGGGGAAAAGGUCUUCGACUACGCCGUGGUGCUGUUCACCUGGGGCGACCAGCUCGACGACGACCAGACCAUCGAGAAAUACGUGGGCCAGAGCGAGAGGCUCAAGGAGCUGGUGCAGAAGUGCGGAGGCCGCUGCCACGUGGUCGACAACAAGCGCUGGAAGGAGGAGCACGAGUACCGGAGCAACGUAGUUCAGGUGGAGAACCUGCUGACUACCGUGGAGGAGAUGGCGAGCCAAGGGAGCUACUACACUCCCGACAUGCUUCAGCAGCAGCAGCCCGCGGGGGAGAAAAUCCAGGCCCAGAAAAGCAAAGUCACAGAGCAGAGUGCGGAGAUGCAAAGCAAAGUGCCGCUGAAUCUGAAUAAGAAACGCCUCCCGUGCUUCUCCUGUUUCGGCGGACGCAAGUAGUGGAAUGCACUAAAGGUGGUGUUGAGUUAGCCGUGUGUUUGCAUUGAGGGUUGAGAACCUGAAUCAGAGUGGUAAUGCGGUAGAAAUUCCCCCCCAUUUUUAUACUUUGCUUUCCUUCCAGUAUUUUACACAUCCAACCUUUUCUUGGAAAUAACCAUACACAGUAUGUAUGAAAAAUCAUAUAUGAUCAUUUAAAAUGUGUAUGACUAAUGAAAUGUAUUGCUAAAAUGUAUAAAAUACAAAGCAAUACCAUAAAUCUAUUUAAUGUACCAGAAGAAUAUGGUUCAUUACAAGAAUGAUUGGAACUAGCUUAGCACAUAUUUUGGUGGUGGUUGCCUGGGUCCCUCUGGUAGUGAAAGCAACUUGUACAUGUGAUUUCGGCCUCUGGAUUAGUCACAAUCACAAGGCAGAAGGGUAAAUGAAACUCAUUGUCAUAUUGCAAAAAGUGAUCCCUGGUAAUCUCUACUGCAUGACCCAUUUGAUUGCAAAAUUCAGGAAAGUGUUUGAUGAAAUAAAAUGGGGGGGGAAAUUAAAACUCAAGUAGUAAAUUGAGUUUUGAGUGCCAAAUAUAAGCCUGAAUAGAAGUGUGUGAUGCUGUCUGAAUGCAAGCCGCUGGCUUUCAAUGUGUUUAUGCAAAAUCCUGUGAGGAAACCGAGACUCACCAAAUGGCAGGGUGUGAGGGGGGUUGAUGUUUUUGCACUGGUACCUUCGAUAAAGAGUCCCCCUCCAGCUCAGAUCUCCCCCCUACAGAUUUGUACCAUAUCUGGUCUGGAAUCAGUGGUUGAGUAGCGCUGUGGAGGGAGCAUAUACGAAUCUUUUAAAACUAUUGAUUUUAAUGUCAUUCAAAAGAAUGGUAUAAUGUUUCUUUCAUUUCAACUUCUAGUGCCUUCAGCUUCAAGCGAUAUAUAUAUGGGAAGAUAGUUUUUUUGACUAUAGAUGUGAUUUAUUGUCUGACUGUACAUUCAAACAUUGAAAUCCUGCAAAUAUGUUCAAAUCAUUGUUUAUGCUGAGUGUGUUCAUUUUAACAUACAGUAUACGCAAAAUGCUUUAAACUCCUUUACAGUUCACUUCAUACUGGAAAUCACAAAUGUUACUAUAAUUAUUCAAUAAACAUUGUAAAAUGCC